GCGGUGCAAGGGCGGCCCCGCCCUGCGGGGAGUGCGGCGUGGGGGCCUUACGGCAGCAAGAUGGCGCCCAAAGGGAAAGGCGGCGGCAAAGCCGGGAAGGGCGGCGACAGCGGCAGCGGCAGCGAGAGCAAAGCACAGGGCCCGAAGGGAGGCGGCAGCGCCGUCAAGGUUCGGCACAUCCUGUGCGAAAAGCACGGCCGGGCCAUGGAGGCCAUGGAGAAGCUGAAGUCUGGACAGCGCUUUAGCGAGGUGGCGGCACAGUACAGCGAGGACAAGGCCAGGCAAGGGGGAGACCUGGGCUGGAUGACCAGAGGCUCCAUGGUGGGACCAUUCCAGGAGGCAGCAUUUGCCCUGCCUGUGAGCAGCAUGGACAAGCCCGUGUACACGGACCCUCCCGUCAAGACCAAGUUCGGAUACCACAUUAUCAUGGUGGAAGGCAGAAAAUAAAAUGUGAAUGACCAUGA